AUGCCAUCUUCCGCUGUCUUGUUUCCAAGCUUUGUUUGGUUUCUAUACCUCUUUUGCUUCCUUUGCAGCCUACCACUAGCCAUCUGCAAGGAAACUGAAAAUGAUAGACAGGCCCUCCUUUGCUUCAAGUCCAGACUCUCAGGCCCAGCACGAGUUUUAGCUUCAUGGAGCAAUAAGUCCUUUGAUGUUUGCGAGUGGCAUGGGAUCACCUGCAGCAAACCGUAUCCUCGCCGUGUGAUUGCGCUGGACCUCGAGUCGGAAGGCAUAUCAGGCUCCAUAUCACCUUGCGUUGCUAACCUGACUUCUAUUACAAGGCUGCAGCUGUCAAACAACAACUUCAGUGGUGGCAUACCAUCGGAGAUUGGCCUCCUGCGCCGUCUCCGUGAGCUCAACCUCGGCAGGAACAAUUUGGAAGGUAACAUACCGCCAUCUUUGGGCACCAGCCCUUCUCUCACAUAUGUCAAUCUUGGGGUGAACGCUCUAACAGGGGUCAUCCCGGAGUCCCUGGCAUAUAGUUCAUCCUUCCGAAUACUUUGGCUCAAUGGCAAUAGUCUUGGUGGAAAACUGCCAAAGGCUCUCUUCAACUCAUCAUCUCUUGUUGACAUUUCCCUCCAACAGAACAACCUUGUUGGUUCCAUACCUGUUGUUACUGCCACCUCUCCCCCUAUUGAAUACCUCGAUUUAAGUGAUAAUCAUAUUUCAGGAAAAAUACCUUCCUCACUAGGGAACCUUUCCUCCCUUGUGGAUCUUCGUCUUACGGGGAACAAUUUAGUCGGGAGCAUACCAGAGAGCUUAGGUCAUAUCUCACCUCUGCAGAUACUGGCAUUGACUGCCAACAACUUGUCUGGGACAGUUCCACCAUCUCUCUUCAAUAUGUCAUCUCUGACAUUUCUUAGCCUAGGAAACAACUCGCUUGUUGGAAGGUUACCCCCUAAUAUUAGCUACACACUCCCGAAUAUUCAGACAUUAGUGCUCUCAACAAACAAGUUUGAAAGCCCAAUCCCAGCUUCUCUUCCAAAAGUUUACAACCUUCGUCAGCUUUACUUGUAUAACAACACACUAACUGGGUUCAUACCCUUCUUUGGGUCAUUGCCAAAUUUGGAGGAACUUGAUUUGUCAUACAACAGGCUAGCAACAGGAAACUGGGGAUUUAUGUCUUCACUCGCAAAUUGUACCAGGUUGACUAAGCUGCUGUUGGUUGGGAACAAUCUUCAAGGCAAAAUGCCAAGUUCGAUAGGCAAUCUUUCUGAUAGUCUUGAGUGGCUUUGGCUAAGGGAAAACCAAAUUUCUGGGCCUAUACCACAAGAGAUUGGCAAUCUUAAGAGCCUCACUAGGGUUUACAUGGAUUACAAUCUUAUCACUGGAAAUAUACCACCAACUAUUGGUAAUUUGCACCGCUUGGUCCAUCUAUCUUUUGCACACAACAAACUGUCAGGGCAAAUCCCAGAUACUAUUGGUAAUCUUGUUAAGCUAAUUUCAUUGAAACUGGAUGAGAACAACAUUAGUGGAAGGAUACCUGCAAGUAUAGGAAGUUGUACUCAACUCGAGGAACUCAACCUUCGUCAGAACUCACUAGGUGGGAGUAUAUUUUAA